UUUUCCGUUUUCCCUUUAGGGUCAAAAUAUCCGCCGUCACUAACUGUAGCCUUCUGGUUCUAAAUCCUAACGAAGCUCUGUGAAAGAGAAGCAUAUUCUUUUCGAUUGGAUUGCGAGAAAGCAGAAGCCUAAUAAUCAAUUAAUCAGUCAAGGGGAAGGAAAAAAAAGAGGAAUGGCGGAGGAUUUGGUACUGGACACGGCGAUAAGGGACUGGGUGUUGAUACCACUAUCGGUGGUGAUGGUCCUAAUCGGAGUCCUCCGCUACUUCGUCUCUAAGCUCAUGCGUAGUUCUUCCCAAUUGCCCGAUCCUAAGAUAGUCAAAGAAGGGCAGGUGAUUAUUAGGGCUAGGAAUUUAAGGGCUGCUGCCAAUUUUAUCCCUGCCAAGUCCUUUCGUGCUCGUAAAGUUUACUACAGCAAUGAGGAAAAUGGACUGUUAUUCGUGCCCAAGGGCCAAGCUCAAAAUGCACAGGCACAAAUGUUUUCUGACCCCAACAUGGCUAUGGAUAUGAUGAAGAAGAAUCUUUCAAUGAUCAUACCACAGACUCUAACUUUCGCGUGGGUCAACUUUUUCUUCUCGGGUUUUGUAGCAGCAAAGAUACCGUUUCCACUGACACAGAGGUUCAGAUCAAUGUUACAGAAUGGUAUCGAUUUGAGUACUGUUGAUGUCAGCUAUGUCAGCAGCCGCUCAUGGUAUUUCCUCAACCUGUUUGGGCUAAGGGGCUUGUUCAGUCUUAUUUUGGGAGAGGAAAAUGCAACUGAUGACACACAACGGAUGAUGCAAAUGAGUGGGUUUGGUAUGGAUCCUUCUAAGAGUUUGAGUGCCGAGAAAGAUGGUCUAGAUAUAGUCCAGCAUGAAUGGGCCUUGCCGAAAUUUGAGCAGCGGGCGGAAGCAGUUUUGAGGAAACUCGUCAGCUAACAACCGACAAAUGGAGAAAUUAUGCGUUGCCGCAUCUGAUCGUGCAACUGUAUUUGGGGAUUAUGUCAUCAGCCUGGAAGUUGGAAAAGAUUUUACCUACCAUGUAGAAAAAGGUCAAGAUGACCGGGAGCCCUUGAGCUCCCUGCUGUUGGUGCUUCCAUUUGAGAAAUAAUUUUAUUAGGCGAUCGGACUCUGCUUCAACAUAUUUCAAAGUGUGUUAUGGAGUUGAAUCCAUAGGUUAAUUGCUUUGGAAUUUACGCUAGUAGUUGUAAUGCAACAGCUCUGAAAGUUUGUAGGAUCUUUUUUUUGGAAAAAAAAAAAGGGUGCAAGAGACCGUCUCUGGUUGCCCCUGUUGGAUAUUUUUUUUUUUUGUUCUAUUUAUUCAGAAUUUGCGUGCAGGGAAUUGUAUAUCUGGAUGUUAGUCUGGUCUGUUAUAUUUAUUGCUGAUUAUUCUCUGGAAAGACAAAA